UGGUGAAUGCCAGCACUUGGACUCUUAUGGCUGGUACUCCUAAUGGACAAUCUGGUUCUAUAUCGACCAUGCUUAAUUUCCCGACAGAUUUCGCUUUCGAUUCGAGCGGUAAUUUGUAUGUAGCCGAUACUAACAAUGAUCGCGUUCAACUUUUCUUGUCCGGUAAAUUGAACGGAACAACGAUUGCUGGCUUGACGAGUCAAUCUGGCAGUACGGCUGUCCUACUUAACGUACCACGUUCAAUUACAUUGGACAGUGCUUUGAACUUGUACGUGGUGGAUAGUGGGAACAGUCGCAUACAGAAAUUUCAGCGGGCCUAA